GUUUAUCUCGUUCUUUGAUUCAUGAGUUGAAGGGAAAAAGAACCAUAUUUAAACUCGUCAAUGGCAACAACAGUUAACAUUAUUGUUGGGUCUCAUGUAUGGGUUGAAGAUCCAGUCCUGGCCUGGAUUGAUGGAGAAGUGACUCGAAUCAAUGGUCAAGAUGUCCAUGUUCAUUCUUCAAACGGAAAAACAGUUGUCACAAAAAUCUCAAAAUUGUUUCCGAAGGAUACUGAAGCGCCUCCCGGAGGUGUAGAUGACAUGACUAAGCUUUCAUAUUUGCAUGAACCAGGGGUUCUACAAAACCUGGCUACCAGAUAUGAACUUAAUGAAAUUUAUACAUACACUGGUAAUAUUUUGAUAGCAGUUAACCCGUUUCAACGAUUACCUCAUCUAUAUGGCACUCACAUGAUGGAACAAUAUAAAGGAGCAGCAUUUGGAGAGCUAAGUCCUCAUGUUUUUGCAGUUGCUGAUGUUGCAUACAGGGAAAUGAUAAACGAGGGAAAGAGCAACUCAAUUUUAGUUAGUGGAGAAAGUGGUGCUGGUAAGACUGAAACAACAAAGAUGCUCAUGAGAUAUCUUGCACAUCUGGGUGGCCGGUCUGGAGUAGAAGGACGGACAGUUGAACAGCAAGUGUUGGAAGAUAGAGAGAAGUAUAAGUUGGGAAGUCCUAAAUCAUUCCAUUAUUUAAAUCAGUCCCACUGUUAUGAGCUUGAUGGAGUAGAUGAUGCUCAUGAAUAUCUGGCAACACGAAGGGCUAUGGAUAUAGUUGGAAUAAGUGAGGAAGAGCAGGAAGCAAUUUUCAGGGUUGUGGCUGCAGUUCUUCAUCUUGGCAAUAUUGAAUUUGCGAAAGGGAAGGAGAUUGACUCUUCUAUGAUUAAGGAUGAGAAAUCUAGGUUCCAUCUAAAUACGACGGCUGAACUGCUCAAAUGUAAUGCCAAGAGCUUGGAAGAUGCACUUAUUAAGCGUGUGAUGGUAACACCUGAGGAAGUUAUUACACGAACACUUGACCCGGAAGCUGCUCUGGGUAGCAGGGAUGCUUUGGCUAAAACCAUGUAUUCUCGUUUGUUUGACUGGAUUGUGGAAAAAAUAAACAUUUCAAUUGGGCAGGAUCCUAACUCAAAAUCAUUAAUUGGGGUUCUUGAUAUAUAUGGGUUCGAAAGUUUUGAGCACAACAGUUUUGAGCAGUUCUGUAUCAAUUUUACUAAUGAAAAACUGCAACAACAUUUUAACCAGCAUGUGUUUAAGAUGGAACAAGAAGAGUAUGAGAAGGAGCAAAUAAAUUGGAGCUACAUAGAGUUUGUUGAUAACCAAGAUGUGUUGGAUCUGAUUGAGAAGAAACCCGGUGGAAUUAUUGCACUUCUAGAUGAAGCCUGCAUGUUUCCCAAAUCGACCCAUGAGACAUUUGCUCAGAAGUUAUACCAAACAUUUGCAAACCACAAGCGCUUCAUCAAACCUAAGCUCUCUCGUACUAGUUUUACAAUCUCUCAUUAUGCCGGGGAGGUGAACUAUCUGGCUGAUCUGUUUCUUGACAAAAAUAAAGAUUAUGUGGUGGCAGAACAUCUGGAUCUGUUAACGGCUUCCACAUGCUCCUUUGUGGCUGGUUUAUUUCCUCAACUUCCAGAAGAAUCAUCAAAAUCAUCUAAGUUUUCUUCCAUUGGGUCACGCUUUAAGCUACAACUUCAAUCUUUAAUGGAGACUUUGAAUUCAACAGAACCUCACUACAUCAGAUGUGUGAAGCCGAACAAUGUCCUCAAGCCUGCUAUCUUUGAGAACCUGAAUAUAAUCCAACAAUUACGCUGUGGUGGUGUUCUUGAGGCAAUCAGGAUCAGCUGUGCUGGAUACCCCACUAGACGAACAUUUUAUGAGUUUCUUCUCCGUUUUGGUGUUCUUGCUCCAGAGGUUUUGGAAGGAAACUAUGACGACAAGUUGGCAUGCCAGAUGAUUCUAGACAAAAUGGGAUUAAAUGGUUAUCAGAUAGGCAAGACAAAAGUCUUCCUACGAGCUGGUCAAAUGGCUGAACUAGACGCAAGGAGAGCAGAGGUUCUUGGAAAUGCUGCUAAAAUCAUUCAACGGAAAAUUCGUACUUACAUUGCACGCAAGGAGUUUAUCUCAUUGCGCCAAGCAGCUAUUCAAUUGCAGUCAUGUUGGCGAGUUAUGUUGGCUUGCAAACUAUUUGAGCAAUUGCGUCGAGAGGCAGCUGCUCUCAAGAUUCAGAAGAACUUCCGAUGUUUCGUUGAUAGGAAAUCCUACUUAAUAGUGAGGUUGUCUGCAAUCACAUUGCAGACAGGCAUGAGGGCAAUGACUGCUCGCAAUGAAUUCAGAUAUAGAAAACAAACAAAGGCUGCAAUUAAAAUCCAGGCUUAUUUGCGUUGCCACAAAGCAUAUUCUUACUACAAGAGUCUUCAGAGAGCUGCUCUCAUUACUCAAUGUGGUUGGAGGCAACGGGUUGCUAGGAGAGAGCUUCGGAAUCUAAGAAUGGCUGCAAGGGAAACAGGAGCCCUCAAAGAAGCGAAAGACAAGCUAGAAAAGCGUGUGGAAGAACUUACAUGGCGGUUGCAGUUUGAGAAGCAAUUGAGGACUAAUUUGGAAGAGGCCAAAGCCCAAGAGGUUACUAAAUUACAGGAGGCUUUGCAUGCAAUGCAAACACAAGUAGAAGAAGCAAACUCCAGAGUAAUCAAAGAACAAGAGGCGGCUCGGAAAGCUAUAGAAGAAGCUCCUCCUGUCAUUAAGGAGACCCCUGUUAUGGUUCAAGACACAGCAAAGGUUGACGCAUUAACAGCUGACGUAGAAAGUCUGAAGAAUUUGCUACUAUCAGAAAAACAGGCUACAGAUGAGGCUAGGAAGUUAUCUACAGAUGCUGAGAUUAGGAGUACAGAGCUGGUCAGAAAACUUGAAGAUGCAGAGCAUAAAGUAGAUCAGCUUCAAGAUUCUGUGCAGAGGCUUGAAGAAAAACUUUCUAAUACCGAGUCUGAGAAUCAAGUACUUCGUCAGCGGGCACUGACCAUGUCACCAACUGGAAAAACUUUAUCUGCACGAAAAACAAUGAUUAUUCAGAGAACUCCAGAGAAUGGAAAGGUUCUAAAUGGAGAAACAAAGCUUUCACCUGACGUGACUCUUGCUGUACCAAGUCCACGGGAGCCUGAAUCUGAGGAAAACCCACAGAAAUUUCUUAAUGAAAAGCAGCAGGAGAACCAAGAUCUGCUGAUCAAGUGUAUCACACAAGAUUUAGGAUUUUCUGGUGGCAAACCUGUUGCUGCUUGUGUCAUAUACAAAUGCCUUCUUCAUUGGAGAUCAUUUGAAGUUGAAAGAACUAGUGUAUUUGACCGUAUAAUUCAGACAAUAUCUUCUGCCAUAGAGGUCCAAGAUAAUAACCAUGUGUUGGCCUACUGGGUAUGCAAUACAUCCACAUUGCUGAUGCUCCUCCAACACACACUCAAAGCAAGUGGAGCAGCUAGCUUGACUCCACAACGGCGGAGGUCAUCAUCAGCUUCUCUCUUUGGGAGGAUGUCCCAAGGAUUGCGAGCAUCUCCACAGAGUGUUGAGAUAUCAUUUCUCAAUGGUCGAGUGCUUGGUAGAUUGGAUGAAUUACGUCAAGUUGAGGCCAAAUAUCCAGCUUUGCUGUUUAAACAGCAGCUGACUGCUUUUCUUGAGAAAAUAUAUGGAAUGAUAAGAGACAAUUUAAAGAAAGAGAUUUCCCCAUUGCUUGGGUUAUGUAUCCAGGCACCUAGGACGUCUCGUGUUGGUUUAGCAAAAGGGCGUUCCCAAGCUAAUGCAGUUGCUCAACAAGCUCUGAUUGCUCAUUGGCAGAGCAUUGUGAAAAGCCUCAAUAACUAUUUGAAGACAAUGAAUGCAAACUACGUUCCCCCCUUCUUAGUUCGCAAAGUGUUUACUCAGAUAUUCUCAUUCAUCAAUGUUCAGCUUUUUAACAGUCUUCUUUUGCGACGUGAGUGCUGCUCAUUCAGCAAUGGAGAAUAUGUAAAAGCGGGGUUGGCCGAAUUAGAACAAUGGUGCUGCUAUGCAACUGAGGAAUAUGUAGGUUCAGCUUGGGAUGAAUUGAAGCAUAUUAGACAGGCAGUUGGAUUCCUAGUCAUACACCAAAAGCCCAAAAAGACUUUGAAUGAAAUAAUGAAUGAACUUUGUCCUGUUCUCAGCAUACAACAAUUAUACAGGAUAAGUACAAUGUACUGGGAUGACAAAUAUGGCACCCACAGUGUGUCUUCAGAUGUUAUUUCGAGUAUGAGGGUUCAGAUGACAGAGGACUCCAACAACGCUGUUAGUAGUUCGUUUUUAUUAGACGAUGACUCAAGCAUCCCAUUCUCUGUGGAUGACAUCUCCAAGUCAAUGCAACAAAUAGACAUAGCUGAUGUUGAACCUCCACCAUUAAUCCGUGAAAACUCUGGGUUUUCCAUUCAAAUUUCUCCCGCGUCUCUUCAACACAAGGGCAUUCAUUCAGAGGCUGUGUUGCUAUUGGUUAUUUCGAGUAUGAGGGUUCAGAUGACAGAGGACUCCAACAACGCUGUUAGUAGUUCGUUUUUAUUAGACGAUGACUCAAGCAUCCCAUUCUCUGUGGAUGACAUCUCCAAGUCAAUGCAACAAAUAGACAUAGCUGAUGUUGAACCUCCACCAUUAAUCCGUGAAAACUCUGGGUUUGUAUUUUUACAUGGACGCUCGGAGUAAUAAUUAUCAUGGUGGGCAAUAUUUGAAUCCUGUCUUCUGCCAUAAUACAGCCGACUCUGCUCAUCAAUUGAUGUGCAGAAAUCUGUGCAUAGAACCUCAUUGUCCAUUGCAUCAUGUGUCAUGUAUAUAUAUAUUUUUUUCCCAUUCGCUUGGACAACCUGUCUUUUUUGGUUGUUCGAGUCCAUUCAAAUUUCUCCCGCGUCUCUUCAACACAAGGGCAUUCAUUCAGAGGCUGUGUUGCUAUUGGUGUGAUUAUGUGCAUGCACAGAAAUACACAUUGGUGUUUCAAGCGCGCAUGUUAUUAAUAGUAGUUGCUAUUGCUUUAGGUCAUUAUUUGGAGUAGUGUAGGAGAAUAAUGUAUUUCCUUUCUUCCCCCCUGCCCCCUUCUUUUACAUGGGGAAGCAAAUUGUAUCAAGUACUGUAGUGUUUUGAAUUUUUACAGUUGAGGUGUCUACUGUGUGUAUGUCUGUUUUUUCGCACCUCAUAUAUA